AUGGCUGACUGGAGUGGAUCAACCAGACAACAUGCAGCUGAAGAUGAAGGAAGUUCAGGAUUAUUUGAAAGAAGUGGAAGCAAACGCCAACCUAUGAACCUGUCUGUGAUUAAAGAAGAGAUGAGAAUAGUUCUGCUGGGAUCACAUGCAGAUGUUAAAUCCUUGUGUGGAAACACAAUCUUUGGACGAAAGGUCUUUUCAGAGUCACCGUCCUUCCAGCAUUUGUUUGAGAGGCAUGAUGGGAUGGUGUUGGAGAGGCAUUUGGUGGUCACCAACACUCCUGACCUGUUCAGUCCUGCUCUCUCUCCUGAAGAACAGGAGGUGAGGAGACGUUUCCAUCUGUCUCGUCCUGAGCCUCAUGCCCUGUUACUAGUCCUGAAGUCUGGCACAUUCACAGAUCAAGACACAGAUGCUCUCGAGCUCAUUAAUGUCACUUUGGGUGAAGGAGCCUCUGAGUAUGUGAUUGUGGUCUUCAUGCAUGAGGAGCAGGAGUAUGUGAAUGCUAAAGACUCUGACACUGAAUCAGUUAAGUCUCUGCUGGAGAACAGCAGACAUCCACACCAUCAUCUACAGAGGAAUGGAGACCAAUCACAAGUGCAGAAACUUCUAGAGAGCAUUGAGAAGAUGGUGGAAGAAAAUGGAGGCCAUCAGCUGAAGAUUCCUGAAGAACCAAGUCCUUUCCCGAUGAAAGAAGAUACAGUUUGCCCAACAACAAACAAGAUUCAAAAGGGUUUCAGUAGAUGGCCAAGUAGUAUGAAUCAAUGGCCCACGGCACAGAGGUUUCACCCAAAGUCAGGAAAUCCUACAAAAUUAGUGCGAUCAAAAUCCUCUGUUGGCGCUGAGAAGAGCUUGAAGUGUGCGAGGAUCGUCCUGAUUGGAAAAACUGGAGUGGGAAAGAGUGCAACAGGUAACACCAUCCUGAGACGUGAUGUGUUUCAGUCAAAAUCCAGCAUGAAAUCUGUGACCAAGACAUGUCAAAGAGAGACUGGAGAUGCCUGUGGUCGACCUGUGACUGUGGUGGACACACCAGGACUCUUCGACACAACUCUCAGUAAUGAAGAGAUCCAGCAGGAGAUCAUGAGAUGCAUCGAACUCUCGGCUCCUGGGCCACACGUGUUUCUGCUGGUCAUCGCUGUCGGCCCGUUCACACAAGAAGAGAGAGAAACCCUUCAGCUCAUCAAGAUGACCUUCGGACAGAAAGCAGAGACCUACACUAUGGUGUUGUUCACACGAGGAGACAAUCUCGCAGAAGAAAGCAUUGAAGACUACAUUAAAGAAGGAGAUCCACAUGUCCAGAAACUGAUAAACGACUGUGGAGGAAGAUUUCAUGUCUUCGAUAAUAAACAGAAGGAUCCUGCUCAGGUCGUGAAUCUGUUAAAGAAGAUUGAUAAGAUGAUGUGGGAUAAUGACCCCAAUUUCUAUAAUGACAAAAUGUUUCAGGAGGCUGAGAGACCAUUCAGACUUAUGCAGAUCAACAGAGAGAGAGAAGAGGAGGUCAGACGAGAAAUCGAGGCCAUUAAAGCGAAAUAUGAGUCUGAAAUCAAAGAAAUUCAAGACAAACUAGAAGAGGAAAGAACAAAAGGAAAAGUUAGAGAAUUUCUGUUUGUGGAGAGAGAGAUGAUACUGUUGAGACAAAAGAGAGAAAACACAGUGACAAUAAACACUGAACAAACCCUUGUCGAGAGAAAGAAUGAUGAUAAGAUUGAAAAGCAGGAAAAUCAGCUUACAGGAACAACUGAUCUGGAUAAAGAGAUACCAGAAACUGGAAGACAAUCUGAUCAAGAUCGUGAGAAACAUGUUAAAAAAUGGAGGGCCUUUGAAUCCUUAAAAAGAGGCAAAAGGCUAAGGAAAAAGAUUGAGAGGGCACAAGAAAGUAAAACAAAAGAAGCAGCAACUGAAGAAGGGAAAGUAGAAAAGAUAAAAGACAGAGUCACAGACCAACAGAGCAGUGAGGAUUUACCUAAAAACUCUGAAGAUGAGAAAAAAGCAGAGAAAGAACAACUACAUCAGCAUUAUAAAGAAAUGGAAGAAUGCAGGCAGAAGAUGGACGAGGCCAUGAGGAGGUACAAAGAGAUGGCUGAUAUGUAUGCUGCAGAACGCAUGAGAAUUGAAGCCAGAAAUGCUGAAAUCAUUGACAGCUGGAAGAAGGACCAUGGAAAACCCUGUGUCCUUCAAUAACAGACGAAGAAAAGAAGAAUUAUAUAUGCAUGUUUUUGCUUCAUAAGGUGCUGUCAAGUUAAAGCGUUUUUGAAUAAUUGAAUUCCCUGGUUGGGUUUCAUUUUGUUGCACUCCCAUGUAAAUGUUACCUGAAACACUGGACUUAAAUGCCAGUGCAGUAUAACACGAAUUACAGUGCAUCGCAGGACUACCAAUUGGAAAAUUCUGUUGCACUGUAUUUCUGUAUUUAACAGUUUGGGCAUUGCAACACUACAGUAUGUCUGGUCCACGCUACACUUAUCUUUAUCUCCCCACGCUGACUAUUGGUUGCAGCUCACAUCAAGUGCAAGACAUUAAUGCUUGCAUACAGAACUUUAUAUCAACUUCAGGAAGACUGCAGUGUGUGAAUCACUUUCCAGAAGCUUCUUGAUCACUGUUCCUUGCUGGUGAAAUGAUCUACUUAACCCUACCUGGACAGCCGAAUCCCUGACAGUAUUCAAGAAGAAGUUGAAAACACAUCUCUUCCAUGAGAACUUAACUGCCACCUACUGAAAAUAUAAAUCUUACUCUAUUCUUUCACUAUUACUACAUAUAUCCUUCCCUUUUAGCUCUUUUGGUGUCUCUUUUUGAUUAAUCUUUGUAUUCCCAAUUAAGUUGCUUUGGA